CUCCAUAUAAGCAAAUGUCUGUUCAGUUGUUGUGGCAUUCUCAUCCUUACUCAAACUUGUUUGUAACAUACAAAAAUGGCAUUCUUCUUGAGAAGAACACCAAACCAAAUUAAUCCCUUUUUAUUUAAUAAAUUUAUCAUUAAUUCUACAAAUAAUUGUAAUUUAUUUGGAAUUUCCAAUAAAUUAUUCUCUUUUUUGGGGCGUUAUGAGUCUACAAAGGCAGCUCAACUUGAUCAUCAAUUUUAUUCAUCUGAAGAUGAUGAUCUUUAUUAUCCUUCCUCCCACUCACAGUUGCAGGGCAUGGACGUUCCAGGAGGAAAGGUUACGUUUACUUCAGAAAUGACUUUCAUUCGAGAAUCUGGGAAGACCAGAGUUCCUUGCUAUCGUCUCCUUAGCGAUAACGGAGAACCAAUUUCAACACAAAAUCAUCAACUUGUGAGCAAAGAGUUGGCAACAAGUAUGUAUAGUAACAUGAUUAAACUUCAAGUAAUGGACACUUUUCUAUAUGAAGCUCAAAGACAAGGAAGAAUUUCAUUUUAUCUUACUUCUAAUGGUGAAGAAGCUAUCAAUAUUGCUUCCGCUGCGGCCCUUUCUUUAGAGGACAUUGUUUUUGCUCAGUAUCGGGAACCUGGAAUAUUAUUAUGGCGAGGUUUCUCCUUGCAAGAAUUUACAAACCAGUGUUUUGGAAAUAACGGUGAUUAUGGAAAAGGCCGUCAAAUGCCAAUACAUUAUGGGUCUAAUAAACUCAAUUACUUUACAAUAUCAUCUCCUAUAGCUACACAGCUACCUCAAGCAACAGGAGCUGCUUAUUCUCUAAAAAUGGAUAACAAAGAUGCUUGUGUUGUGGCCUACAUGGGAGAUGGUUGCACUAGUGAGGGAGAUUUUCACGCGGCUAUGAAUUUUGCAGCAGUAAUGGAAGUUCCGGUAGUUUUCAUAUGUCGCAAUAAUGGAUAUGCAAUUAGUACUCCUAUCACUGACCAAUUUCGAAGUGAUGGAGUUGUUGUUAAAGGACAAGGUUAUGGAAUACGUAGCAUUCGAGUUGAUGGAAAUGAUUCUCUUGCUAUUUUUAACGUCGUCCGUGCUGCUCGUCAUAUCGCUAUUUCCGAACAAAGACCUAUUCUCGUUGAGGCUCUAACUUAUCGAGUAGGCCAUCACUCUACUUCCGAUGAUUCAACCAAAUAUAGACAUGUUGAAGAAAUCCAACACUGGAAAAUGGAGAAAAAUCCCGUCACAAGAUUUAGGAAUUGGAUUGAAAGAAAUGGUUGGUGGAAUGAAGAAGAAGAAUCCCAUGUUCGAAACAAAUUUAAGAAAGAGAUGAUUGAAGCCAUUCAAGUAGCAGAAAAAUUGGAAAAGCAACCACUUUCGGAAAUGUUUAAGGAUGUGUAUGAUAAACCAACAAAAGAUUUGGUUGAACAAGAAAAUUUUCUAAGAGAAACCAUUAAGAAGCACCCUAAAUGUUAUCCUUCUGAUGUUACAAUGUGAAUUUAUAUGUUUAAUUAUUUUUGUUUAAGUGUAUUUAAUUAAUCAGAUGUAUAUGGAGUAUGUGAUAAAUAAAAGGGUUUACUUGUGAUACCCAAUUAUAAGGUAAGAGAAGAAUUGUUGUAUUUUAAUAAUUAAUUAUAAAAGAUAGACUUCCUAUCUUCCAUUGUAUGAUAAAAAGUCAUUGCCAAGAAGAAUUUUACAAGCUUAGAUUAUAAAAACUCUUAAUAAAAACGAAAAUUUAUAUUGUACGACAGCAGAAGUAAUAAUCGAAAAUAAUAAAG